CCGACCCGGCCCCAUGCUUCCUCAACGACGGUUCAAUUACCACAUCGACUGCGCUCCUAAACCGACUUCCAAAGCAGCAUCUACCCCCGACCGUCGACGCAGCCACAUUUGAACGAGUCCACAGGACAAACCAGUCAAGAUGGCGGGCCUCAAACAUUUCAAGCUGGCCAUGGACCCGGCCAUCAUCCGGUUGAACAGUACCACUACCCCUCCCCGACAAGUAUACAAUGGAUUGCUCUUGAUCUGAGCGACUCAGUCCCGCACGAUUUGGGGCCGGAUUUCUGACAUGCACCCGACCGACAGACAUGAGCUCGAGCCGGUACCAGUACUUCCGAUGGACUCGACGGACGGCACUCAUCACAUUCAACUAUGUCAUUCUGGUACCGGCGAUAAUCGGUGUGGCGGCCUACGCGACAGAUGGAAAGUGGAACUUCAGGGCGAAGCGGAAGGGAGACCUGCUUGCCGAGUACUAG